AUGCAAGACUUGGACGUCAUUGAUGUAUCGUUUGGCAAAGAGAUGACACAAACCGCAGGUUUAGCUCAAAAUAUGGACGAAAUGGAUGAUAAUUUCGAUGCCUUUAAUGACGAAACUUUUGGUGAUAUCGAUACGGAUUGGGAGACAGAGCACGAGAAGUUGAUGUCCAUAUCUGAUCCCAACCGCUCCCAUGACAACACCGCCGCUGAUAUCAAUAGAAAUACUUUUGCGAAAAACACUUCACUUAAUGAGAGCCACAAUGAAGAGGACAUGCAUUUUGUUUACGACGAUAUUGUGUCGAAAAAUAUCUCCAAUUUGGUUCUGGAGGACGAGGAGUUCGAGGACCCGGCGAUCAUGACUUUCUCCAGAAGUGCUAAACCAUUGAUGGACUCCAGCCGACGGGACAGCCGCUCAUCGCCUCCACCGCCAGCUUUCCUUUCGUACGAAGAAUAUUCCGCUUCUCCGAAGACAUCAAGCAUUUGGAGCACAACUCAAAUGGACACAACUCUGACGCCAAGUUCUGUGAAUAUGAGAACUUUGGAGGAAAUUGAAGGCAAUCUGAUCCACAAAAAUAGUGAUAAUUUAUCGCAGUUGUCAACAAUCCAGAGACCCAUUAGAAUGGAGGACUUGGAGACAAGUCUUAUGAAUGAAUCGAUCGCCGCACAGAUGGGCGAGACUCGUGUACUGGCGCCCGAACAGAGUUGGUCACCCUUUGGGAGUAAUUCAAUGCACGGAUAUCUACAGAACGGAAGAAUGGCUUCGGAGAUGAUGUCAAGCCUCGAACCAAUCGAAAGAAAUUUAUUGUCCAAUGAAUCCCUCGAACCAAUCGAAAGAAAUUUAUUGUCCAAUGAAUCGUCGAAUCAACACAAAAAUCUUGACAUAAAUGCCAUCCAAUCGGCCGCUCGACUCGCCUUAUCUGCAUCUCACGACUCCAAUCAAUCAAUGGAUCCGUUAUUGAAAGCGCAGACAUUGGCUGAUAUUGAACAACAACUCAUUUCAGGUCAGAGUCGGCCACAAAAACCACAAAUGGCUCAAAAUGUGCCCAAACCUGAAGCAACUGUUCCUGUGAUGCGAUCAAACACUUUGCCUAAUAUUCAGAGCCCUAUUCGAGCCGUGAAUCAGCAAAUGAGUGCUCAUGUGAGUCAACAAAUGAGGCCUCAAAUGAGUGCAAUGAAUCAAAUGCAUAAUCGUGUGAACAAUAUGUAUAACAGACCGCCGGUUAUGCAUAUAAUGCCGGGAAUGCAUCCGGCGAUGGGGCGCACCAUGUUUUCACCGGCACUUAUACCCAAUUCUCAGCGCAUAUUUCCAUAUCCCCUGCAAAGGCCUAUUAUGCACCCAUUACUCCAUCCAAUGCAACUGCAGCACCAAUUUCAUCAACAAAGACAUCAUCAGAACUAUCAAAACAAUUUUCGACAUCAGAACCGAUACCAUGAGAACUAUGACAAUGAGGACGACUACUCGGGUCUUAUG